AUGUCCGACGUUCAGAGCCGACCAUCCGCGCGCGGCAGAGUAUCCGCCCGGGGUGGGCGUGGUGGUUAUAGCAACAGAGGUGGCCGUGGUGGAAGCAGCAGAUCGAACGCUGAUCACUCAGACUUGUCCUCCUUCGAGGAAAGUGAGAUCGGCCAGAUGAAAAUGAAAUAUUCGGAUACUCUGCCCCCUUUGAAGGAGUUGUUCUCCGACUGGAAAGAUGAAGACCUUGUGUUCGUACUCGAGGACUGCAAUGGCGAUCUAGAGGAGGCAAUUGAGCGCAUUUCCGAAGGCAACGCAUCGCAGUGGGGAGAGGUCAAGAAGAAGACAGACCGCAAGCCCAAGGAAAUCCCGAGUACCCAACCUGAGAUCACGACGACCUCUGCUCGUGCAAGCCGUGGCCGUGGUGGCUUUGAGGGUCGUGGACGUGCUCGUGGAGACCGGGGUCGUGGCGGUCGUGGUGGUCGGCCAGGCCCUCAACCUACGAAUGGAGCUCGCCCUCCCGCCCCCUCUACUGCAGAGCCUUCAUCGACGACCCCGGCCACUGAGCCCGUGGUGACGAAGGUAGGAGAAGCUGACAGUGAGCCUGCGAUUGCAGCUCCGGAGCCGGCUGAGCCCAAGACCAGCGUGAUCCCAGAGGGCACAAAGAAGGGAUGGGCCAGCCUCUUCGCCAAACCUGCACCUCCUCCACCGCAGAAGAAGCCUUCAACAGCUGCCCCAGCUGCAGCCCCCGAGAAGCCUGCAGAGCCCGCAGUAGAGCCGAAGAAGGCACCCGAACCAGCCCCCGCUCCCGCCGCCAUUCAGAAGACACCCGUUGCGAAGCCUGCCGAAAUCCCUGUCCCUGCUAUCCCCCAGACCAGUGUGAAGCCGCCCAAGGAUGAUUUGACCGAGACCAAUCUCGAGCAGAUCCCUGAUGUAUCCGCCCCUGCCCCGACUGCUACAGCUGCCAGCACCGUCGGUAGCGCUUUCGACCCCACCACUACUGCUAAUGCCACACCUUCUCGCACGACUUCGUCUGCUCUGCCAUCCAGUGCACUGAAGCAGGUCAGCCGUCCUCCUGGCUUCCAGCGCCGCGUUAUGGAACAGCAGCAGGCCGUGGUUAUGCCAGGUAACCAUGCUGUGGACCGCGCCGCUGUGCAGUUUGGCAGCAUGGGCUUGAAUGGGGACGCUGUCGACAUCGAUGAGAACCGCGAAGAGGCAGAGACUCGUGCUCAGCCUCCUCAGCACUCGCCUGUUGCUCCUCGUGCCUCUCUUCCUCCUUCCACCCAGGGCCAUGCUGAGACUCCCACUGCUCGUCCCGCCCCCGGCCUUCCUCCGGUGCCUCAGGCUUCAGCCGAGUCUACCUUCAACGACUUUGCUCGUUACUCCUCCGAGUCUCAGAAGCCCUUCGACCCCUUCACUCAGCAAGUCGGCCAGCCCCAGCCGCAAAUUCAGGAGCCGUUUGCCAAUCAGGCUCCGGCCCAGCCCGCUGCCACCACCGGUAGUGAAUACUCUCCCUUCUAUGCUGUUGACCAGCAACGCUUCCCCUAUAACUACUAUGGCAGUUAUGGCCAGACUCAGGAUGCCACUGCUGGUGCCCGCGGUGCCGCCGGCUUCGGCGUGUCCGCCGCUGAGGCUCAGCCUCAGGUUCCCACCACUCAGCCCGGAGGCCGAUAUGGCCCCGUUGAUGCCACCAACAGUGGCCACAACACCCCCAACCCGACCCUUCCUGGUGCUACCCAAACCCCUGCUGCUACUCAGCACAUGCCUGGCCAGCAGAGCGCUCACGGUUAUGGCUAUGGCUAUCCUUACUACAACCAGCCCCACUAUGCCGGAUAUAUGAACCAGAUGGGCCAGCAUGGUGCUGCCUAUGGUCGUAGCGGCCGCCCCUAUGAUGAUGUUCGCCGGUACGAUGAGCAGCAGCACUAUGGCAUGCCUCAUUCGUCUCAGUACGGCUACGGCAGCUACGGCCCCUAUGGCGGCAAGGGUGGCAUGUACGGCCAACCUCAUGCCUUCUCUUAUGACCACUCCUCUUCUCCUGCCAACGCCGCCGCCGGUACCUUCAACCAGAGCGUCCCCGGCCGUGACUCCGUCUAUGGCCGUACUGGCUCCGCUCAGCCUUCUGACAGCCAGCAGUCCGCUACAGGUGCCAAUGCAUUCAGCACUGGUAUGUCGGAUGUUUUCGGUCGGUCUCAGGCUGGCUUUGGCCAGAACCCUCCCGUUGCUCAGCAGCCCCCUGUGACCGCCGAGGAAACUAAGGGUUUCGAGGCCUCGAAGACCGGUGGGCCCAGCCCCUCCCUUGCCCAGGCUAACCGCCCCGGCUCUGCUACCAACAACGCCGCUGGCCAAGCUCAGGCCCAGACUGGCCUUCCCCUCUCCCAGGGCCAACAGGGCCAGCAGGGAUUCGGCGCCUACCCUCACCUCAACCCUCAGUACGGUGGCCUUGGUGGUCUUGGUAACCACCAGGGUGCUGCUUCGCAGACUCACCAGACUGGCUAUGGUAACUACGGUGCAGGUGCAGGUGCCGGCUUCGGCAACUAUUAUGGAAACACUGGCCGCGGGGCCGGCGGUGCCGGAGGCUGGGGUGGUAACUAUGGCCACUAG